AUGGGUGGUUCUGGCUUUAAUUUUGAUUGGUCUCAAAGAACUCACAUCUUUCAUCUCAAGGUGUGGGUUCUGGUGACAGUCUUUCUGGGCAUCUCUUUGGCACUGCUUGUUUUCCUGCUGUUGUGUUAUAUUGCUCUCAGGAAAUCCCGAGAAAAGAACGGCACACUUCCAGUACGCCUAGCCCCACACAUAUCCCGAGAAAUCAAGGAAAUCGGCAUGGAUCAGAACUCGGCCACUACCCGUGUUCACAACAAUUACAUGUACCUCUUUAAUUUCCAGGACAAGUGCCAUGAAAAGGAUUCUGAUAAGCUUUUGAGCCAUUUCAAGAACGACGAGGAAAAGAAUAAUGACGGCAGCAGGCAAUCUGAUUCGUCUUUUAACUAUCUAGACGAGACUUCUCCAGCAGAAUCUGGGGAGAAGACGAAGAAGAAUUCUUCGCCUCUAAUGGGUCUUCCUGAGCUAUCGCACCUCGAUUGGGGUCAUUGGUUUACGUUAAGGGACCUUGAAGUUGCUACUGAUAAAUUUUCAAAGGAAAACAUUAUUGGCGAGGGCGGGUAUGGAAUUGUUUAUCGUGGUCAACUGGCUAACGGUACAAUUGUAGCCGUGAAAAGGCUUCUGAAUAACUUAGGUCAGGCAGAGAAAGAGUUCAGGGUGGAGGUAGAAGCUAUCGGUCAUGUCCGUCAUAAAAACUUGGUUCGGCUUUUGGGUUACUGCGUUGAGGGUACCCAUAGGUUAUUGGUGUAUGAGUACGUCAACAAUGGCAAUCUCGAGCAAUGGCUGCAUGGAGGUAUGGCACAUCUCGGGCACCUCACAUGGGAGGGACGUAUGAAGAUUCUGAUUGGAACAGCUAAAGCUCUUGCGUAUCUGCAUGAUGCUAUUGAGCCCAAAGUCGUUCAUAGAGACAUUAAGGCAAGCAAUAUACUGAUCGAUGAUGAUUUCAAUGCGAAAAUAUCUGAUUUUGGGCUUGCAAAAUUGCUCGGUGCUGGAAAGAGUCAUAUUUUCACUAGAGUCAUGGGAACCUUUGGAUAUGUAGCACCGGAAUAUGCUAGUAGUGGCUAUUUAAACGAGAAGAGUGAUGUUUACAGCUUUGGUGUUUUGCUUUUAGAAGCUAUAACUGGCAGAGAUCCUGUCGAUGACAGUCGACCGGUUCAUGAGAAAAACCUAGUUGACUGGCUCAAGUUGAUGGUUGGAGAGAGACGGUCAGAGGAAGUUGUCGACCCGAAUAUGAAGAGUAGGCCGCCCACAUCUUCCCUUAAACGGGCUCUCUUGACAGCCUUAAGGUGUGUUGACCCAAAUGCUGAACAAAGGCCCACAAUGAGCCAAGUGGUCCGGAUGCUCGAGUCCGAGGAAUAUCCUAUACCAAGAGAGAGCCGUAGAGUGCGAAAAGAGAAACAGGAGAAACUUUGA